AUGAACUCUGACUGCUUGGUUAGACUAGAUCGUUACAUGCAAGAACUUAUAGUGUAUGAAAGCGAAGUUCAGAAUGCACAUUUGAUUGAUUUCUUCAUGCCAGUUCACAUAGUUGGGUCCAGCAAUGUCUUGCUCUGUCUUGAGUUUUCAAAUUCCAUUUUAUUUUGGAAUCCAGCAACUAGAGUUACUAGACAAGUGCCAACACCUAUUAAUGACUUUAAAGGUAAGCUUUAUCUAGGAUUUGGAUUUAGUCCAAUUGCUAAUGAUUACAAGGUUGUGAUAAUUUAUGUGAUUCAGGAGGAUGAGAUUUAUCGAGUGAAUGAAGUCUGUGUUUGGUAUGGGUUCAAUGGGGACGAAGAUGAACUUGAUGGUUAUCAUUUGAUAGUUUCAUUUGACAUAGCAAAUGAGUUGUUUACAUUGGUGCCAAUGCCUGAUUUAGAAUUUGGUGCGAUGCAGGAGCUUACUGUGUUUGAGAAUAACCUUGCUAUGCUUUGUGACAUGAUGACUGAAGGAAGUGAAGAUUAUGAAUAUGAUUGCAUUCAGUUGUGGGUGAUGGAGGAGGCUACAGGCAUAUCAGGGGAGAAUGGAGCUGGACUAACGAGUACACUAGCAGCCCCUUUAGAGGCUCGCUAA